AUGCCGCUGCGAAGAGUUAGAGAGGAAUCUCCUCACUCCUCAGGAUCCGGAGCGUCAUCAUCUACUGACUUGACCGAGAUCCUGCGCCAGCUCACCCAGUUCACUCAGACUAUCGGAGCCACCGUUCUCAAUGGGAACAACGGUGGCUGUGAUGUGUCUAGGAAGAUCACGGGACGCAAUCCACCGAGUUACCUAGGCCAGGAGGAUCCAGAGGUUCUCGAGAGUUGGAUUCGUACGUUUGAUAAGCUGUUCGACGUGGUAGGUUGCCCGAUGGACCAGCAAGUGGAUGCUGCUGUGUACUACCUUCAGGGAGAGGCUGACCAUUGGUGGGUGAUGGAGGAACCGACUGCUCAGCAUGUUAAAGCUGCCAAGUAUGACGAGUUCUUGCAUCUCGAGCAAGGAAGCUCGGCUGUCCAGGAGUAUCAUGCCUGCUUUGUGGCGCUAUCUCGGUUCGCUCCUACCUUGGAACCUGAUGAGGCUAGUAGAGCUCGUAAGUUUAUCCGAGGACUGCACUAUGAUGCACAGAAGUCAUUCUCCGCGACAAGGUUUGCUACAUUGAUCGAAGCCUACGACGCAACUGCUGGUUACUCUAGGAUUCAAAAGUUGCAUCGAGAUUCCAUGCAGGGAUUGAAGAAAAAGAAUGAGGGUGUGGAUUCACAGUUGAACAAGGGGCACAGGUUCAAUCUGACGGGCAGAUACGACAACCGAAGUGGGGAACGAAAAAAUCUGGUGAUGAGACAGGGAGUUGGAGCUGGAGGACCACCUAGUGAGAGGGGUACGGUGUGCCCGAGAUGCGGUAAGGACCACGUGUGGAGGGAUGCCUGUGAUUUGUUUCCAGUGUGGGAGGCCGGGCCAUAG